AUGGAGUAUUUAGAACCUGGGUUUGAUCCAAAGAAAUUGAAAGUACCUGAAUUAAGGAAGAUUUUAAUAUCGAAUAAAAUCCAAUUCCCAUCCAAAUGUAAGAAGAAUGAAUUAGUUAAAUUGUUUCAAAAUAACAUUUCUUCUAAUUUGGAAGAAUUAAGAGAAAGAAAUUUAAAUUCUGAGAAAGAUAAAAAACAAACUAAAAGUUCGAACAAAAAACGUCAAAGAAAAGAGAUUGAAUCAACCGAUGAUGAAGAAACUGAAGAAAGUGAACAAUCUACAGAUGAAAAGUCAAACUCAACAUCAAAGAAAAGAAAGACUUCUAAAAUAGAAGAGAAACCAGAAAUGGUAAACGAUACUAAACAUGAAAUUAAAAGUCAAAAUACCGAGGAAGUACCUAAAGUCGAACAAAGAUCAAAUACAAAAGCAAUUGUAGAAUCAAAGUUAUCAGAAACUAAACCGAAAACUAGAAGAAAUAUACCCCUAGAUUUACAAAAAUUACAACAAAGUGCAAUUGUUAAAGAGAAUAAAACUGAAAAAACUUCUGAUGAGAAGCUGGAUAUAACAAAGAAAGAGCAACCUAAAACUAAAACUAACCCUAAUGACGAAAAAGAGGAAACAAUAAACGAAUCCUUGGACAAAGAAGAAGAAAACAAAUCUUUAGUUGAAGAACAAAAGAAUAAAUCUCCAAAGGAAUACAAAAAAACCAAGGUGAUACUGAAAGCAUUAGUACAAAUUAGUAGUUUUGCUUCAAUUAUUUUAUUAUGUUUUUUCACCCUAUGGUAUAGAGAAGUUUGCAUAAACAUUGGGUAUUGUGGUAAAGAAUUGGCAUAUCCACCAUUUUUGAAAACUUCUAUAACCGAUAAAGUAUUGAACAAUGGUUUAUUUGAAAAGUAUGACAUUAAAUCUAAAUUAUCUGAUUUAAUUAUUCCUGAUUGUACUCCUUGUCCGGAUAAUGCCAUUUGUUACAGUUCUAUGAAAUCUGUUUGUAAUAAAGGAUAUGUUCCAGAAAAUAGUUUUUACAAUUUAUAUGGUUUAUUACCACUGCCAAUAAAAUGUUCAAAGGAUAAAACUGAAGAAAAACUUGUGCAAGAUAUUUUAAAUGGUGUAUUGUAUGAUUUAAGACUUAAAAACUCUAGAGUGAGAUGUGGUGAUGGUGAAACUGACGAAAGCACUGGCUUAAUUGAAAAAAAUAUGUUUGAUUCUUUUGUUUCUCAAAAAGCUUGGCUAUCGGAAAAGCAACGCCAAAGAAUUUGGCGUAAGGUUAUGUUGCAACUAAAGAAAUACCCAGAAAUUAAGCUUGUCAAUUUAUAUAAAAAGAGAUUGGAUGCUGACGAUUCUGAAGCUGAGGUUGUUAAUGAUCAUGUUUUUAGCAUUGCUGAAAAAAUGUCUCAUAAUUUAUUAAGAUCAACCUCUAAAAAUUUUGUUCCUUUCUACUGCGGCAAGAGUGAUAUUAUUAUUUCAUCUAAUUAUAUUAAACCAACUUUGACUAUUUUAGUAUUCUUAUUUUCUAUCGUUGUUCUAUGUUUUUUGAACAAAUUAAUAGUUAAUAAAUUAAAUGAUCAAACCAAAUGUAGUGUUUACAUUGAAAGAAUAGUUGAAAUUUUGAAAGAAAUUAAAGAAAACAACAAGCCACAGUCAUUUUUAACAAGCAAUCAACUAAAAGAAAUAAUCUUCAAAGAUGAAGUUGAAAAUGUUGAAGAACAAAAUAGAAUUUGGAAAAAAAUAUCUAAUAAAUUAGAAAACAGUGAUAUCCCAGUUACUUCAACUCAGUUAGAACUUCAUGGUGAAAUUUUAAGAUCCUACGAAUUUGAAUUACCAAGUGAUUCUGAUAAAUUGUAA